GUUUUUUGCGCCCGACCAGUCCGACGGACAGCUUUGAAGUGAACGGUUCGCGAGUUCCUGGGCAGAAAGCUGAGAAUCAGAGUGCAGCAACCGUUUGCGAACUCGUGCUGUUCUACCUACCAACCCAAACCAAAAGCCCAAAUAAAAAGAGGCCGCCAAGUUGACAAAAGCCACAUAUAUUGGAACCGUGACUUUUGCUGGAGCCAGCGAUUACCCGAAUUUCGGAGCCGCCAGGACCACGAGGACAGGCGCAGGGCGCUCCUUUGGAACUUUUGCCUUAAGAAAUAAAUUUGAGUCCUAGGCGGGAUCACCAUGUUCAUUCCGGCCGCACAGUCCGCUUACAAGACGCUGCGCAAGACGCAGCCGCGCGUCCGGCUCAACUUGCUCUUCAAAAAUGGCUAUUCCAGCAAGGUGGAGUACAAGCCCAUCCGUUCGGUGUUGGUGGCCAACCGCGGGGAGAUCGCCAUCCGAGUGUUCCGUGCCUGCACGGAGCUGGGUAUCAAGUCGGUGGCCGUCUACUCCGAGCAGGACAAGAUGCACAUGCACCGACAGAAGGCCGACGAGUCGUACAUCGUGGGCAAGGGUCUGCCCCCCGUGGAGGCCUACCUCAACAUUCCAGAGCUGAUCCGGGUGUGCAAGGAGAACGACGUGGAUGCCGUGCAUCCCGGCUACGGAUUCCUGUCGGAGCGCAGUGACUUUGCCCAGGCGGUAAUAGAUGCCGGACUGCGCUUCAUUGGUCCCUCGCCCAAUGUCGUCCAGAAGAUGGGUGACAAGGUGGCGGCCCGAGUGGCGGCCAUUGAGGCGGGUGUGCCCAUUGUGCCCGGCACCGAUGGUCCAGUGACCACCAAAGAGGAGGCCCUGGAGUUCUGCAAGAAGCACGGCUUGCCCGUAAUCUUCAAAGCCGCCUACGGAGGUGGCGGACGUGGCAUGCGCGUCGUCCGCAAAAUGGAGGAUGUGGAGGAGAGCUUCCAGCGAGCGAGCUCCGAGGCGAAGGCGGCCUUCGGCAACGGGGCCAUGUUCAUCGAGAAGUUCAUCGAGCGACCGCGUCACAUUGAGGUUCAGCUGCUGGGAGACAAGGCCGGGAAUGUGGUGCAUCUGUACGAGCGCGACUGCUCCGUGCAGCGUCGCCACCAGAAGGUGGUGGAGAUCGCGCCGGCUCCGCGCCUGCCCAUCGAGAUCCGGGACAAGAUGACGGAGGCCGCUGUGCGCUUGGCCCGCCACGUGGGCUACGAAAACGCCGGAACCGUGGAGUUCCUGUGCGACGAGUCCGGCAACUUCUACUUCAUCGAGGUCAACGCCCGUCUGCAGGUGGAGCACACGGUCACCGAGGAGAUCACGGGCAUCGAUCUGGUGCAGUCGCAGAUCCGCAUAGCCGAGGGCAUGACCUUGCCCGAGCUGGGCUACACGCAGGACAAGAUCGUGCCCCGCGGCUACGCCAUCCAGUGCCGUGUGACCACCGAGGACCCGGCCAACGACUUCCAGCCCAACACCGGUCGCCUGGAGGUCUUCCGCUCCGGCGAGGGCAUGGGCAUCCGGCUGGACAGUGCGUCCGCUUAUGCCGGAGCCAUCAUCUCGCCGUACUACGACUCCUUGCUGGUCAAGGUGAUCUCGCACGCCAGCGACCUGCAGAGCUCCGCCUCCAAGAUGAACCGUGCCCUGCGGGAGUUCCGCAUCCGCGGCGUCAAGACCAACAUCCCCUUCCUGCUGAACGUGCUGGAGAACCAGAAGUUCCUGCACGGCGUCCUCGACACCUACUUCAUCGACGAGCACCCGCAGCUGUUCAAGUUCAAGCCCUCGCUGAAUCGCGCCCAGAAGCUGCUCAACUACAUGGGUGAGGUGCUGGUCAACGGACCGCAGACGCCGCUGGCCACCACCCUGAAGCCCGCCAUCGUCUCGCCGCACGUUCCCGAGGUUCCGCUGGAUCUGUCCCAGGAAGCACUAGAUCGUGAAGAGCGUGGCGAGGCCAAAGUUACGGAACCCCCGAAAGGACUUCGCGAGGUUCUCGUUUGCGGAGGACCCGAGGCCUUCGCCAAAGAGGUGCGCAGCCGCAAGGAGCUGCUGCUCAUGGACACCACCUUCCGCGACGCCCACCAGUCGCUGCUGGCCACCCGCGUCCGAUCCCACGACCUGCUGAAGAUCUCCCCCUUCGUGGCGCACAAGUUCAACAACCUGUACUCCCUGGAGAACUGGGGCGGAGCCACCUUCGACGUGGCGCUGCGCUUCCUGCACGAGUGCCCCUGGGAGCGGCUGGAGGAGAUGCGCAAGCGCAUCCCGAACAUUCCCUUCCAGAUGCUGCUGCGCGGAGCCAACGCCGUCGGCUACACCAGCUACCCGGACAACGUGGUCUACAAGUUCUGCGAGCUGGCCGUCCAGACCGGCAUGGACAUCUUCCGGGUGUUCGACUCGCUCAACUACCUGCCCAACCUGAUCCUCGGCAUGGACGCCGCGGGCAAGGCGGGCGGCGUGGUGGAGGCGGCCAUCUCCUACACCGGCGACGUCAGCGAUCCCCAGCGCACCAAGUACGACCUGAAGUACUACACCAACCUGGCCGACGAGCUGGUCAAGGCGGGCACCCACGUGCUCUGCAUCAAGGACAUGGCGGGUCUGCUCAAGCCCGAGGCCGCCAGGCUUCUCAUCACCGCCAUCCGGGACAAGCACCCCGACAUCCCGAUCCACAUCCACACCCACGACACCUCCGGAGCGGGAGUGGCCUCCAUGCUGGCCUGCGCCAAUGCCGGAGCAGAUGUGGUGGACGUGGCGGUCGACUCGAUGAGCGGCAUGACCUCCCAGCCGAGCAUGGGCGCCGUGGUGGCCUCGCUGCAGGGCACUCCGCUGGACACGAACGUGGACCUGCGCACGGUGUCGGAGUACUCCGCCUACUGGGAGCAGACCCGCACCCUGUACGCCCCCUUCGAGUGCACGACAACGAUGCGGUCGGGCAACGCGGAUGUCUACCUGAACGAGAUUCCCGGCGGACAGUACACCAACCUGCAGUUCCAGGCCUUCUCGCUGGGACUGGGCGACUUCUUCGAGGACGUGAAGAAGGCCUAUCGCGAGGCCAACCUGCUGCUGGGCGACAUCAUCAAGGUGACGCCCUCGUCGAAGGUGGUGGGCGAUCUGGCCCAGUUCAUGGUGCAGAACAACCUGACCGCCGACCAGGUGCUCGAGCGGGCCGAGGAGCUCUCGUUCCCCAAGUCGGUGGUGGAGUACCUGCAGGGCUCCAUUGGCAUCCCGCACGGCGGAUUCCCCGAGCCCCUGCGCUCUCGCGUCCUCAAGGACAUGCCCCGCAUCGAGGGUCGUCCGGGCGCCGAGCUGAAGGACCUGGACUUCGACAAGCUGAAGAAGGACCUCAAGGAAUCUCACUCGUGCAUCACCAACCGCGACGUAAUGUCGGCCGCCCUCUAUCCCCAGGUGACGAACGACUUCCUGAACUUCCGCGACCAGUACGGACCCGUCGACAAGCUGGACACGCGCAUCUUCCUCACGGGACCCAAUGUGGGCGAGGAGUUCGACGUCCCGCUGGAGCGCGGAAAGACGCUGAGCGUGAAGGCCUUGGCCGUGUCCGCCGAUCUCAAGCCCAACGGCAUCCGAGAGGUCUUCUUCGAGCUAAACGGACAGCUGCGCGCGGUCCACAUUCUGGACAAGGAGGCCGUCAAGGAGAUCCAUGUGCAUCCCAAGGCCAACAAGUCGAACAAGAGCGAGGUGGGCGCCCCCAUGCCCGGAACCGUCAUCGAUAUCCGCGUGGAGGUCGGCGACAAGGUCGAGAAGGGUCAGCCCCUGGUUGUGCUCUCGGCCAUGAAGAUGGAGAUGGUGGUGCAGUCGCCAUUGGCUGGCGUCGUCAAGAAGCUGGAGAUCGCCAACGGAACGAAGCUCGAGGGCGAGGACCUCAUCAUGAUUAUCGAAUAGAUGUGCCCCCGGGUCACAAUGUCCAUUGUCUAAGCUGCCACCGCACACCCAAUGUAAAAUUAAGUCAAAACAGUGAUAAUCUUAGGGAUUCUGUCGGUUCAAUUGACCAUAAAACGUCCCAUAGCCUGUGUCUAUUUUGAUAUAAUUGUGAAUCAGUCCUGUUUCCAGGAUAGUUCGACCAACCCAAUUCGAUACACAAUCCACCUAGCCCUGCCAAAAUUGUUGGGAUUGGAAGCGAAUUGUAAUUGUGCGUGCCCAAGUAUAUUUGUAAAUUUACCCUAGAGCCUUUCCCCAAGUCAUUUGAAUCAAAUUUGUACGAUUUUGGAAUUUAAAAUUCGCAAACACAUCUGUCGAGACUCCCCUCCUCCAGUAAAUACGUAAGUGGUUAUAAAUGUUAUAUUAACUAUUGUCUAAUAAACGUUAUACAAAAUAAAA